CUUUCUCGCAUUAUUUUUUCUAUUUUGUCAAGAUUUUUUUUCAAGAUUUUUUUUAUAUAAUAUAAAAGAUUUUCUUAGUAACUUUCUUAAAUCAUGCCACCAAAAAAGGAAAUCGAUUUAAAAAAUUUGGAUCUUACCCAUAUUUACACCCCAGAAGAGAUUGAAUACAUAAACAAUCAUCUUAAAACUCGUAUUAACUUUGAAAAUGGAAGGCUACUUCCUAUUCCACAAUCUCCAAUUGCUAAUGAGGCUGUUGUACAUGAAAUUUCUAGACAACUUGGUAACUGGAACGUUGAAACUGGUCAAAAUGGUAUUGUUACCACAUCUCAAGGAGGUUAUAAUUUUAGUGUUAAAGGCCAGAGGAAGAUUCGGGCACCACAUAUUGCUUUUAUACCCGAAAAUAUUUAUAACUCACUUAGUAAAAAUCAGCUUUUGACUUUAUUUGGCCAACCUUUUACUCCCAUAUUUGUUACUGAGGUUGUAAAUGUUUCAAAGGAAGCAAUAUUAAAUGAAGUUGAUAUUAGAUUCAAGAAUGAUUACUUUGCAACAGGUACUUCUGUAAAGUUGGGAUGGUUAAUUGAUCCAAGGAAUCACAUGAUCUGGACUUAUGAAAAGGAUGAUGAUGAAAAUGUUACCCGUCAGAAACGUAAAUGGGAAGAUUUAGACGGUGGUAAUAUUUUACCAGGUUUUACUUUGGACAUAGAAUUUGUUGAAAAAAUUAUCUCGCAGAAAUAUGAUGAAGAUGAAUUAUUAAUUGAAGAAUCUAAAGAAAAUGAAGAUCAAGAAAGUGAGCAACAAACCAGUGAAAAAGAUUUGGGUUUGAUAUGAUUAAACAGACAUUAUGGAUACAAUUAUUAAAAAAUGAAUUAAGAAUAUGUUACAAAUCUACAUUUCUUUUUGAAGCAAGAAGUUCUUUGUUUCCUUAUUAUGUUUGACUAAGCUUAAUUGUAAUCAAAUAUUAUUUUGUGCGGAGAUAUUUUUACUAUGUACGAGAUAUCUUAUAGGUUACUUGGAUAUAGUUUUGUAACUUACAUGCACAGUUCUUCAUAGUAUUAUUAUAUUUUACAUAAUAUAGUGCUCAAAUAAUUAAUAAAU